UCUGUGAGGGGAUUUGAACAAACCAUGUCGUCUUCAAACGAUUCCGAUUUAAGUGAACUACCAGAUAUAGAGAGUUUUGAAACGAAGAAAUGGACAAGCACUCCUAUUCAACAAUAUUUUUCUUAUUUUUCUCCUUCAGUAUCAACAAUUUUUACAACUGACGAAAUCGAAAUGGGGGAUGACUCAGGUGAUACAUUUGUUAUUCAACGUUCUUGGAUAAAAAUAAAAAGUAUACCGAAGUGGUUAUACCCAAUUAGAGAUCGUUCUAUCUACCACUGUAUCCUUAUCAAUCCUGAGCUAAUGGAUUCUUUAAUAGAGAACUUGAUGGAUAUGUAUAAAAAGCAUCCAAAAUCUGCUAUUUGUCAUGUGCUGCAGUUUUUCGUUGAUAUCACCGGCACUCAAGAGGUGGAAAUACACAAGAUCUAUAAAUGCAGAGAAUUGAAUGUGGACAACAUUCUUACCAAAAUUGCUAACACUAAUAAGGACCUGAGUAAGCACCCAAUUUUCGACUACAAACUUAAAUCGAUGGUGCCAAUAGUAGCUUCUAUAGAACGGUUCCUGAACAAGUUGAUCCAGAAAGCGUACGAUGAACAUUUGUUGUACGAGGAUAUAUUUUCGGUUCAUAUACUCCAUAUGUUACAAAACAUGUCCUUUUAUCAAAUGUAUUCUUUAAAAGUUACCGGAGUUAUUUCAAGUAUGAAAUUAUUAACCCAAUAUGCUCGAAUUUAUUGUAAUGAAAAGGAACCAGGUCGACGUAAAAAGAUUAUUAGAUUUAUACACUAUUUGUGUAUUAUUAUUCAUAAAAUGUGUUUUAUCAAAUUGAGAAACUGGGAUUGUGUUCGAAUGGAAUGUGCCAUACAAUUCAGAUAUUGGUUCAAGUACAUUCCAAGUGAGCUAAUUAAUAUUACGCCAAAAUAUAUAAGUCUUUUCACAUGUGGGAACGUCGAAGUGCGUAAGGCUGUAUUGAAGACUUGUAAAUAUAUACUACAGAGAAAAGUGAAUGAAUACACUGUUCUAUUUUUUAAAGAAAUUACAGAAUCCGUUUGCGAUAGAUUUAACGAUAUUAAUAUGGAUGUUUCAGUGGAAGCGGUCAAUUUGAUUGAUUAUGCAUAUGAACAUAACUUUCCCCUGGAGGAUAUGAAAUGCAUUGAAGCAAUCAAAUUUAUGACCACAUUUGUUUGCUAUGAUUAUUUCCCAUUGGCCGAGGCAGCAGGAAAAUUCCUUAUUCGAGUUCUUCAAUCUGAAGGUGGUGAGUUAUUACCAAAAUUGGCACAGUUGGGAAAUUAUUUAAAACUAUACGUUCCUUUGAUCGUUGAAGCGACAUACGACGCCACAGAUACUUUACAGGACUGGGGACUCUAUGUCAAACUCAUUAUGAAUAAUAAUAUUAGUAUCAAUACGAGGAGAACUUUGAUUAAAAUGGCUCAUUGCAGUAUAUAUCAGACGUUAGAGGGUAAAACAAUCUGCCCGAGACUGUAUUCAAAAAGUGGGAAUAAAGCUGAUUUGACGAUUAAAUCAGCAAUAGCCAUUGUUUUUAUUCCAAAAAUGGUACAAUUUAUAACAAUAUUUGAAGAAUACCCCCUUAUACUCAUAGAUUUGUUAGAUAUGGUUAUGUUACUCUAUACUUCUGAUAUUUCAUCGAAUACAUAUAUGGAUAUUUUGGAAAAACUAAUUAAACUCUAUCUAAUAUAUGAUACGGAAGAUAUGCUCUACAAAUUAAUAGAAUGUUUCUAUUUUUUCACUCAAAACAAUGCCUUGAACAAUCGUGCAAAACGUAGCAUUGAUAAUUUGUCUAUGCUGUAUAUUAAUAAAUAUGUAAAGGUUCCACAACAAACUUUGAUGACUUGUAAGUGGCACCUCAUUUGGCAGUUAAACAAUUUGAAAACAAAUAUUGAGGAUGGAACACAAAAACAAUUAAUAAAAAUACAGAAUUUAUCCACUAUGUGUGGUAAAUUUAUAAAGACUUGUUUUAAAGUUCUGUUAAACGCUGAUUAUGAUUCCAUUACCACAGAGGUGUUUAUGCAUUUAUCAGAGUUAGUCAAGAAAUUUAAUAUUGAGUGGUUUGAUUUCUAUAAAAAGCAUAAGUUGACUGACAUUCUUUGCCUUCGUAUUCAGAGGGAAGAUGAGUAUUUACGAUUAUUUAAUAAAAUUGUAGAAAAUACUAAUUUACCUCUGACAGAACGUCAGAAUGUAGUUAAACUUGUUUGUGAGGUAAUAAUUCUCGAAAGUGUGAAUAUUAAAAACAUUAUAAAUGUGUAUCAAUAUUAUGACAAGUAUUUUCUUGAAUUUGGUACCACCAUUGAAGAUUGUAUCGUAAAAAUGAAGAAAAUUGAUCCUCACUCAUUGUUAAUCCUUGACACUCUAACAAGGGUUUAUGAAAAUAUUCUCUCUAAAGAAGGAUACUUCGACAAAAAGAAUAAACAAUACGAAUUUCUUCAGUCAUUAGAACAACGAUUCGUUAACUCAAAAUUGGUUAAUUUCGGACAAAUGUAUAUAAUUCACGGAGUUCAGUGGUCGAUUAAAGAAAAGAAGAACGUUUCAUUUCUUCACGUGCUGAUACAUUUUGUUAAAUCAUUAAAAGCGGAUGAUAAAGUUGUAUUGUUAAAUAAGAUAAAAAAGUCACUAGAAAAAGAAGAUCUUCCAAAGUAUGAUUGUGUUAUGCAUUUCUUGGAGGCAUUGAAGAUCAAAACUAUUGAUAAAACUAAAUCAACAAAAAUGUCGUCACCAAGUAUCUCAGAAGCUAACAUAAGUGCACCCCAAGGAUCUCAUUGGAGAAUUAUAGUCCAUACUCCGAGGAGGGAACCAAUCUCGAAAAAAUUGCGGUAUUCUUAUUAAUUAAUUAUAAUAAUUUAUUUUUGUUAGCAUAUGUUAACUGAAAUAAAG